UAGACAGCCCCGCCCCCGGGAAGGACCCAGGCUGCUAGGAAGAUGGCGGCGCCCAGCGGCCAGGUGCUGGCCGUGGAUUUUGGGUCAUGGCUGGAACAGCGACUGGAGGAGUUGGGCAUGGACCCGGCCGUGUACCCGGCUUACAUCCAGGGGGUCCUAAGGGAGGAGGAGGACAAUCAUGAGGAAAGGGACGAAGCUCUGAGAGGGAUCUUAGCUGCCUUUCUGGAAGAAGACUCGAUAGAAGAAGUCUGUCUGGAGAUCGUAACCAAAUGGAACGACACUCAGAAAGCAGCAGCUGCCCAGGCGAGCCAAGAAGAUGAGGUCCAGGCCCUCGCCAGCAUGAUUGAGAAACAGGCCCAGAUUGUUGUGAAGACCAAAGAGGUUUCUGAGGAAGAGCAGCAGAGGAAGGCUGCCGUCCUGGCGCAGUACGCCAACAUCACAGAUGACGAGAAUGAAGAUGAAGAUGUGGAAGCCGAGACGGCCGCCUCUCCGUUCAGCCCAGAUAAAUCGCUAUUCAAAAACACCAACCUGGAAGACCUGAUGAACGCAAAGAAACUGGAACGCGAUUCCCUGAAAGAGGCGUCCAGCAAGAAGAAAGAGCAAGACAAGCAGCAAAGGGAGAAGGACAAGGCGGCCAAGCAGGAGCGCAAAGACAGGGAGAAGAAGCGCACACAGAAAGGGGAGCGGAAGCGAUAAAUCGGAACAUCUGAACACUUUCGGUCAGGUGGGGGUUAAUGGAGCGGAGGACUGUUGAGGGUACAUCUCUUGCAGUAAAGGGGGGGUGAAGCUGACCGGCCGCUUGUACAGAAGUGAGGUCCCACAGAGCUGAUCCGCUGCUACCCAUCCACUUGAGGGCAUUUCCCCAAAAUACCAUCCAGUUAUCCCAAAGUGGGUCGGCGUUGCUCCUACCGGUGACCGGUGGACUGCACGCCCUGGAUGUACGCUGCCUCCCUGCCUAGUGGAUGGAAGGGCUGUGGAUUGACUCUGGGGACCCACUGGAUCGGUAAUCUGCUCCCUUUGCUGCAUGAGGAGCCCUUAAACACUGAAAGCCCCCAGCAGUAGGGGUAUCAGAGGCCCGACAUGCUCUCCCCAAGCCACUGACCCGUUUCUGCCUUUCCUCAGCACUGAAUAGAGGAUAUUUAUACGUUUGUAACUUGAUGUCUCUAAUAAACGCUACCAGCAGAACAA